UAAGAAAAUCUGCUGACAUUUCGUUUCAAAAAAGCAGUUCAUCUUCGUGAAGAAAAAUUCUCUACAAAUCAGAAAAGCGAAUGAGAACAAAGUUGUAGCCAGCAGUCCUGACAGCCAGUUAAAUACUAAUUUAAGAGCCAGUGAACACUGAUGGUUAAAUACAGAUAGUAUUUAGCACAUUAACCUUGCUCUGCGUUCUGAACACCCAGCACCUUGGCAGGUGGUGGUGGAGGGGGGAAAGCUUCCUGCUGGAUGGGACUUUGAAAGAGAUCUCAGAGCUGAGCCAAGGGCUCCAGGAAGCUGAGCUGUGUUUGUUUCUGGUGGACUUGGGUGUCCUGUGCAUCCCCCAGGGUCCCCCAUACUCCAGUUUGGGGAGGGGCCUACCCCGUGCUAGCCCUCCCUGUUGACAUCCCCUUCAAACACCAUACAAGCAAGAUGUUUGAAGAGGCAUUCUGGAGGCUGCAAAGUCCAAGAUCAAGGAUCCAGCAGAGUUUGGUUUCUGGUGAUCAGCAAGAUGAGUAUUAUUCCUCUCAUUUUACAAAUGAGGAAAUCGGAACACAGAGGAGUUCAUUGACUUAUACAGACGCUGCCCUGGUUCCUCCUUCCCUGGAUUGGUGGUAUCAGGACACCUGGGUCUCAUCCACGUUCUGCAACGAAUUCACCUGCAUUCCAUGCAGAGUGGAUAGUUCAGCAUGCAGCUCAAUUGUGCAAGUGCUUUUCUUCAAGACAAACAUCCCUAUGCAGAAUGUUAAAAAGCGUAGCUUUAAAGAACAAGUAUGGAAGAGCAAGCCCACCACCAUCAUUGCUGCGCUCACUGCAGGUACAUACAACUCUAGGGACCCAAAGGAACAAACUCUGGGGUGCCUGGCAGACUCUGCUGCAUUUCCUGGGCAGUGCCUGGUCCUUCUGCUCCAUGGGGAGUACAUUGUACCUUGGACCCUGUUCUCCUUUUCCAGCAUGGCAGCUGGUUACCUGAGAAAUGAAUUGCUGCUCAGGUGAAAAUGACCAUUAAAGUAUUCAGUGUAUAGGUAGGCAUGUUCACAUUUGAACAGGAGCCUCCUGGAGUUCUGUAGAAAGCCUGACCAUGAAGAAAUAAUACUGUAAUGAGGAGCAUUUCAUUAGGAUCACAGGCAAAUGGGGGUAAUUCUGGAGCCUUUGAAGAGUCUACUCAGUUGAGAGCAAGUCACAGGAAUUAGAUGAUAAAAUGAUUGGAGGAGGGAGACAAAAUCCUCACAGCAGGGGGUUAUCUCCUCCUGAGAUGAAGACUAUAGGUUUUUAUUUGUUUCUAAUGAAUGGAAAACAUGCAAUGUUUACAUUGUUAAAGGACAAAUAGAACCGUGAUAAACAUCUUCGUUUAUACAGCUGAUUUCACAGGUGAUCAUAUUUCUGACAUUUCCACCUUGUUCUCUCUUGGAGGUGUUGGGACAUUACUUACGUAAGUCAUGUUCUAGUAUUUUCAGAGGAAGUCUUGACAGGCCUCCCACUGUAGUUUUCCUACAGUGGAGGCUUUCAUCUGUUUUCUAUGCAGAGAGAGGGUGGGGUGUGCCAGGGAACAUCUUUGGAUAAUUCAGCAGCUGUGUCAGGUUAACCUGGCUACCCCUCUUGUCUGGAACAAAUGGGGUGCCCAGGAAAGUAAGUUGGGGCACAGGUGGUGUUGCGAGCAGACACCUUGUACCUGAAACGCACACUCACCAGCUGAGCUGUCAGCCUUCUGUGUGCUGCAUCUGCAGACAGGCAAACUGGCUUCUCUUUCAAGCCCUGAAUUAUGAAACAAGGUUGUGUCCGUUUUGGAAAGUCCCUUUGAGAGUGUUCUUCUAAAAGUACUAAUUCAGUCUUUUGGUUUUCUUCUGGGCCUGGGAGCGCUUUUCUGUUUCUGCCUCUAGUCUUUGCUGAUUUCAGUAUGAGCAGGUAAGUAGUGGUCAAUUAAUAUUUAUGGAAUAAAAUUUAUGGAAUUAAAUUCACUCUUCAAAAAUAACAGCAUUUGAAAAUGACUCCAUGGCCUAGAAGUGACACCUGCUGUGGAGGAGUACCCCUGCUCCAGAGUUUGAACAGUUAGAAAGUGCAGAGGAUCCGGGGGCUUAGGAGGAGUGCCGGGGUCGUGGACACUCCUCUGUGCAGUUUCCUUAGAGAUCCCGACUUAAGCACCCACAUGUGCCCUGUGGGCUGUGACUUCCCUGCUCUCUCCUGCCCUGGUAAUUCGCUUCUCCUCAAAGCCCUCACCACAGCUGGUAACACCCCUCCUGUUCUACUGCCUCCUUGUGACCCUUUUCCUUUACAGACCCGUCUCCCACCUUGCUCCUCCAGUCUCUCUAAAUGCAACCUAGUUGUUGAGGAGGAGCUCAAAUUCUGACUUGUCCAAGAGGCUUGCUUUCUGAUUCAUCACCACCAUCUCUGCAAUACCGACAAUGAUGAUAACAGCUAUCAAGAACUGAAUGGUUACUAUGGACCAGGCUCUGAGGCAAGUUCCUGUAGCAUCUCAUCCAGUCCCCACGAUAACCUUGUUAUUUGAAGGUACAGGAAGGUGGGAGAAUUUGAGUGCAUUGGCCAUGUCAUACUCUAAGUGACAGAGCUGGUACUCCUGCCCUGGUUUGUCUCUGACCUGCUUCUCUAGGUUAACUCAUCUGCAGGCACAGUUCAAGUUCAGAUAAUCCUUAGUAUUUCUUUGGCACUCAGUCCAAGGUCCUUUGACCUCUUAGGCAUCUUUGUAUGUUUAUAUCCGGUCUCCCACUGUUUAGUAACAGACCUCACAUCUCUGUAUCUCCGAAUGCUUAGCAUAUGGUAAGUACACAGUGUUAAUUUUUUCUUCAGGACCAUGAAUUAUUGCCUCAGCGAUUUGUUUUAUUCUAACAAUAGCUAUGUUGACAAGCUUGUUUUUGCCCAGUGAGCUCUCAUUACUGUACCAAAGGUUUACAACUCAUACCUUAUUUAUCCUAGAAAUUUGUAAAUGAUCAUCCCAUUCAGCCCCUAGUUUCCACUGAUUAUCCUCCAAAAAUAGCUCUCUUGUGGCCUCUGCUGGUGUCACAGUAGACAACUGCUUCAUUAACUCCUUAAGUGCAUGCUGAAGGAUUUGAGUCUAAGGACACUUCAGCCUUCUAAGGAACCAUUUUAACAGCAUCAGCUCAGCAAAGAGAUUUUGAGAUAUGUCUUAAACUGCUAAGUUUGUUGAGAAUAGACAGCUGAAUGGUAAAAAUCGAGAUGUAUUUUAAAUGCUUGUUUCUGAAGUGGUAUUUUUCAAAAUUCAUGCUUGUUAUGUUAAGAUGUCAGGGACAGGUGGAGGGUGUAGCCCAGUGGUAGAGCACAUGCUUAGCAUGCACCAGGUCCUAGGUUCAAUCCCUGGUACCUCCAUUAAAAUAAAUAAACUUAAUUACCCCUAGCCACAAAAACAGAGUUAAAAAAAAUGUCAGGGAUAACUGAAGAUUCUUAGGUGUGUGUUUUUUCAAAAGCUUGCCCCAUUGGAAAACAUCUGUCAAAUUCUGCCUGAUUCUGAUACUGUACUUAGUAUUAUGCCUGGAAAGAUAGUGCCUGGUAAAUGUUAAGUAAAUGUAUUAAUGUUAUUUGGUUUAUAUAACACUAUUCCUUUUUUAACAACUGAAUUAUGAAUUAAAGCUAACCUGGGGAAGGAAUAUUUGCUGUUUUUCAGUUACUGGUUUUAGAGGUCCUAAGAAUGUCCUCUGUGAACUUUUAAAUACAAAUGCUAGAUGCAGUUUAAACUGAGGUACUAAUACUUGGAGCCUACCAACAGCUGCCUUUCCAGUUGGACUUUGUAAGAUUUUUCACUACAUGAAAGGUGUUAGGGAAUAUUUUUCUGCUUCAUUUGUUCUUUUCUCAAGGUAGCACGUUGUAUCUUCUGUAUACAUUUGGGUACUAGUGAUUAACUCAUUCAAACCACUGCCUAUGACAACCUUGGAUUUCAAAUGGUUUAAUCGGAAUGCCUGUCAAAGGCAGAAAAGGUGUUAGUCCAAUGUUCAGUGCUGACAUAGAGGUUCUGCAUGCUUUCAAAGUUUAAAUCACAGGUCAACUUUAAAAAGCUCAUAGGCAACCUGAAACUAUAUAUAGCUAUAUACAAACAGUGACUGAUACGUAUUUGAAAACACUGUCUAACAUGAAUAAUGCUUUACAAAUGAAGAAAGCCCUUUCAUAUACAUUUAAAGUUUGACAGUGUGCUAUGUGUCACAAACUGCAGUUUUGAGUUUAAAUGCAUCUGUCUAACUCAAGUGUCUUUAAAAAGCAUAAAUUUCAUUACUUCAAUUAAAGGUAGAGCUGGUCAAUAGCAGAUGAAAGGACCUCGGUUUACCCAACCUUACAGGGUGAUUGAGAAAAAAAUGAAAAAUGCUAGUUAAAGGGUUGGACUGCUGUCAAGCCAUCAGGUAGACAAUCUCUUGUCUCUCUUAAACAAAUCACUGGAGGUGUUUAGCUCUAACUGCACAUCUGUGGUGCCCUGUUCCAAUCCAGGUGUUUCUCGGCCUCCUGGCCUUUAGAAGCACUAAACUAUAGUGGACACAAGCGCUGAUUCUGGAAUCAGGCAGUCCCGAGCUCUAAUUUCACCUCUGUUACUAGAGGUAGCCAAGUAACAAUUCUGACCGAUGAGAAAUAGGAAAAACAAGCAUGAUGAAAAGAAAACAUGUGAAGAGCUGGACUAUUAUGAUAAGAUCAGGGUGUGAUGUUAAUUUAUAGUAUAUGGGUAAGGAAAAAGUUCAUUCUUAGUCAUCUUGAAAGGAAUUCACUAGAGCAGUACCUCCUUUCAAGUCAACAAGAGAAGCUAGAAAGUUAAAAAGACUUAACAUUUAGCACUUUUUUGAGAAGACUUAAAUGCCAGACAUUGGAAUGACCUACAUAAGAGCAAUUUGAUUAAGAGAAUGAAAACCUGUAAUGAU